CCAUGAUAUCAUCCACGCGAGCGAUGCCAUUGGCGCUUUCAAUCUCAUGAGGGCGGGGAGAUCAUCCUAGUGUGCCAAGUAAGCGCGUAGACCUUGCUUCCCUCUCGUUCUAUAUGUAGACCACUUCUCGACCCAAAUCCUGUCACACAUUCAUUCAGCCGAAUUGCCCGCUCCUGCAUUGAGACUCUCGAACUCAUCCUUGCAAAAUGGCAGCUGUCACUGCAUGUGCUUCCACCAGCUUGGCCGGCCAGGCCCUCGGAGCCUCCAGCAAUGCGCUCGCAGGCAAGGUUAACGUUGGAGAGGCGCGCGUCGUCAUGCGCAAGGGCAGCGCCCCCUCGAGCAUCUGGUACGGUGAGGACCGACCCAAGUACUUGGGCCCAUUCUCCGGUGCCACCCCAUCGUACUUGACCGGUGAGUUCCCCGGUGACUACGGUUGGGACACUGCCGGACUCUCUGCUGACCCCGAGACCUUCGCCAAGAACCGGGAGCUGGAGGUGAUCCACUCCCGAUGGGCCAUGUUGGGAGCUUUGGGAUGUGUGACCCCCGAGCUGCUGUCGAAGAACGGAGUGAAGUUCGGCGAGGCAGUAUGGUUCAAGGCCGGAUCCCAGAUCUUCGCUGAGGGAGGUUUGGACUACCUCGGCAACUCGAGCCUCAUCCACGCGCAGAGCAUUCUGGCCAUCUGGGCCUGCCAGGUCGUGCUCAUGGGAGCCAUCGAGGGAUACAGAGUGGCAGGAGGACCCUUGGGUGAUGUUGUCGACCCAAUCUACCCCGGAGGCUCAUUCGACCCCCUGAACUUGGCUGAGGACCCAGACACCUUCGCCGAGCUGAAGGUGAAGGAGCUGAAGAACGGAAGACUUGCCAUGUUCUCCAUGUUCGGAUUCUUCGUUCAGGCUAUUGUCACCGGCAAGGGCCCGAUCGAGAACUUGUCCGACCACUUGGCUGACCCGACUGUGAACAACGCCUGGGCCUACGCCACCAACUUCACCCCCGGAUCAUAGACAAUUAGCCGAUACUUCAAGUUUUAGAUGAGCACUCCCAGUGACUGUGAGUCCACCCCGGUGUGAUCGAACCAAUCAUGUGAGCUUUCUCGUCAAGACUCCUCUUGUGAAAUUAUAAGACCUGUCUUCAGUUUUGUAAUAGAAUUGACAGAUGAUCGACGUUGUCUAUCAAAGUUGUAUCUAUGAACAGAGCGGGCGUAUGUACAUGAUGUACUUGUAAUAAAUAUGUGUUACCUACA